CGGAGUGGAUGGCGUUCUGUUCGGAACUCGGGAGCGCAGUUUGAAAACAACAUUCACCGUAAACGAUCGGAAUCCCGGCUCGACAAUAAUGCCUCGUGGCAUCUGGAAUUUAGAUCGGAUUGUACUCCUCUGCUUCUGCUUCUUAAUAUUCGGGGAUCUCAUCUAUAUAGCAGCCCAAAGAAGUACUGCGGGAAAGACGGAGCGUCGCAACUAUACGGGCAAAAAACCCGUGGUCAUCCAACACCGAUCACAGGAUGCCGUCAACUAUUAUGAUCACGAGAAUGGCGCCAAGAUCAUAAAGUCUUCACACUUCGAGUUGGACUAUACCCUGGGACGCAAGAUUACUUUCUUUUGUAUGGCUCAAGGCAACCCACGGCCAACUAUCACAUGGUUCAAGGAUGGAGCAGAGCUCUACCAGCAUCGAUUCUUCCAGGUACACGAAUCUCAUAUUGAUGGAAACAUUGUUAAAUCUAAAAUGGAAAUUGAUCCAACCACACAAAUGGAUGCUGGAUUUUACGAGUGCCAAGCGGACAAUAUCUACGCCAUCGAUCGUCGCGGUUUUCGCACGGACUAUGUAAUGGUUAACUUUUGAGCCAAGUUUACAAAUACCAUUUUUAAAUGCACAAUUGAAAUCUCUGACCCUGUAAACUGAAAUGUAACUUUAAAGCAUACAAUUAAAUAAAAAAUUAUUUAAAAAUA